CACUCCAGUUUGAGAUAAACUUUGGUCGUGUUCAGACGGAAAAUCCGCGUCGCUCCGAUUCACGGUUUCACUCCAGGUAUAAACCAUACACACACACCGACACACAUUCAGCCACAAUCAGGACAGGCGGAGUAAACACAGCUGGAAGUGAGACUUCAGUUUCUAUUCCCGGGACCGUUUUCCUCGUGCGUUGGUCCGCUCUUCGGUGGGUCAUGAUAUUGUGUGAAUAGUAAGUUGAAAAUUGAAUGCAUCUUCCAGCUUGGAGACUAAGUUGUUGGGGUUCGCAAAAAGUGUUGUUUUGAAGUGUUGCUCGGGAAAAAGGUGGUUCGCCAAUGUGUAAAUAAGGAAAUACAUAAAAAUGAAAGAAUGAAGAAAUGAAAAAUUGUGGUCGUCUAUUAUGGUCUAUCCUUACAAAAGUGGAAGAAAGUUAUAAGUUUAUAUAUUAAUAGUGUGGUGCAUACCUAUUGUAACCGUCGCAGCUGGAGGCUGGGUGUUGUGGAUGAGAGAAUAAAAAGGAAAAAGAAAUCAGAUUGAAGAUAAUUUCCAUGCAAAGUAGUGUGUUGAUGCCGGAAUAAUUUAAUUGUGGAACGUAAGGUUAAAAGGUGAAAGAGUCGUAGUUGACAAAGAAUUCCAAUUACAUCUACAGCCCGACAGUAGUGAGUGAGUGGAAACAUUUGGCCGGAGAUAACUGAAACAGUUUUUCCCAGCGGUGAUGCAAAUGGGAUAUCGAAUUUGAAAUUUUCAUUCGUGACACGUGCCCCAAAGGUGCUCAGGAGGGAAAACACGGCCCAAGCAGGGAAAAAAUCAAUUUCAUCCCGAACCAACUGUUGGCUGCAAUUAUUGCUCUCGGAAGACGUACGCAAACACAUUCAAAAUAUCUAGCUCCGGAUGCGAUGCAAUUUUCAUCAUCAUGACCAUUAAACAGAAGCAACAGAAGAAAACGCUUACAUAUCGACCAGAGUUAAGGAGUUGAGGAAGCAAUCACAACCUGUAGCUACCGCACCGUUUUCCAUUGGUUCCACGGUCCUUAGUGCAUUUGUCGGCAUCAAACGUUGUCGUUUGAAACAAGCAUCUUUCUAAGCGAAAUAAUAUCGUCAACGUGUCGAGUCUGCCUUCGUAAGACUUCGAAUCCUGAAGUGAGGGGGAUGAAAUAUACAACGGCGUGAAAUUAAAGCUUUUGUGUAGAGGAUCUCCACCGCGUGGAAUAAAAAGUAGUAACGUGGGAGGAGAAGCAUAAGGAAAACCACUAAGAGUUUUAUGACGCGCUAGAAAGCAAAUGUAAAAAAGGGGGUAGUGAUACUGAUAGCUAGGGCAAGGCGAGAGUCUGUGUGCAAACCCAGAACCACCAUCAUGGCUGCUGCAGUCGAGGAAGCAAUCUUCAACGCGCUUCGAGGGCAUCACAACGAGAAAACGAAGCUGCCAUCUCCUCGCAUUAUCAAGAUUUAUGUCGCAAGUUUAAAGGAAGACUUCAAAGAGGAACGGCGGCUGCUGCUGGAAGUGAUUGGGCCCGAUUUACAGUCGGUUUACGACGAUCGACAAAUUGAGGUCGAGAUUGUUGACAUCCAUUUCGGAACCGGCAGCGACUACACAACUGUCGACUUGGAUCCCUAUGUGCUGGAAGACCAUCUGUGCGAAAUCGAAACAUGCCAUCGGGUGUCCAAAAGUGUGUUUUUCAUGGCACUGCUAGGAUCACGUCUGGGAAAUUUUUUACUACCGACUAAGCUAGAGCCGGACAUUUUUACGGCAAUAGGUAAGCGCUCAUCGGUGGAGGAGUGCGAAUUUCUCAGGAGAUGGUACCGAGAGGAGCCCGCUGGAGGUGACUUUAUGCUGCAAACGCAAUAUAGGACGAUGAAUCGGGAGGAAUGGAUCGCCGAGAGUCAUCAAUUGAGUGGUAUUCUCGAGAAAAAAAUAGAUGAGAUUUCCAAAGCAUUCCAUGAAGGCGAUGGGGGAGCAGGCAUAAAGAUGCUGGAUGGAAUCAAAUUAAUCGAUAGUGAACGGUUCUGUGAUAUGCUUAAGCGACUGCCAACCAGAGCUCUCGAGUGGGAGAUUCAGAAGGGAUUAGCUUGUGCGAAGGAAAACUGCUUCGCCAUUUUCCGCCAGUGGGAAGCGUCUGACGGAAACGAGCCCAUCGAUGAAAUUCGAGCCCAGCAGUUGAAGUCAUCCGUGGCGGAUGCGCUCUCAGUCGACAAUCAGGAAUCGCUAACCGUACCUUGGGCGGGAGGUGUUAUCGACCAGGAUUUCGAGAGCCACGAAGCUUAUUUGGGCAGAUUCAAAAACCGAGUUUUUGAGAAACUGAGGAACACCAUUGACCAGAGUCUGGCAAAAGACCCCAAUGGGGGCAAGGGUAGAAAGAAGACAGUACAGGAAAUUUUUCACGAACACUCGACCCACCUAAUGUACUUGAAUGAACAUUUGAAUGCCAGCAAAUACAUAUCAUCUAAAAUCCCGGACCGAAUACGGCAAAACGUGCAACUGAAUUAUCGUUCGGGGAGUCGGCAUCCACCAUAUUUCAUUUACGGUGGCCAUGGGAGCGGUAAAAGUACUUUGCUAUCGCACAUCUAUUCACAGGUGACCGGCUGGUUCGAACACAUUAAAGUGCAUCGUGUGAUCCGUUACGCUUCCGCCACUCCUCGCUCAGCCUACAACCUGGAACUGCUGAGAGUGAUCUGUCAACAGCUGGCAAUUAUCCUCAACAUACCGGAGGGUUAUUUACCGAAGGAUGCCUCUUUUGAUCCUCUUUACAUAAAUAAUUGGUUUCAGAAUUUGCUGAAGCAUUGCGAAGACUUGCACCACGACAUACUAUUUCUCUUCAUUGAUGACCUGCACAAGUUGAAUCCUCUGGACUGCGACAUAGUGGCCGCUCUCUCGUGGCUUCCCAUCAGUCUGCCCUGGAAUGUAUUCUUAGUGGUGUCAACGACGGUGCCUAUAGAGUCACUCAAACUCACCCCAAUGCAGAAGGAACGCUUCAAAAAUGCGGAUUAUUUCUUCGAUCUCUCGUUGGUACAGAAUGAGACAAUCGUACAAAAAGUUGAUGCCUCGGAAACUUUCGAGCAGUACGUGAACAACAUAUUCGAUGUAAUGGAACAACGUUUCGGACUCAAAGGCUUUAGCAAACUUGCUAUAUACAUAACAUGCUCUGAGUACGGACUGACUGAGACCGAAUUUCUAGAGCUUCUUAUGCCCACACAGGAUUCUGAAGCUGUCAUCGACACAAGAGAAGGUGGAUUUAACUUCUCCACCUUCCGCACAGUCCGCAAUGAAAUGAGAGCCCUUCUGCGGGAGAAGCUAAUGUCCGGAAAGUUGCUAAUCGUCUGGCGGCACAGUCUGUGCUCGGAUAUCACAAAAGUGCGCUAUAUGACACCGGAAAUCUCCAGAGCAAUUCACUCGGAAAUUGUGAAUUUGUUUUUCCCGCCAGACAACGACGAGAGCGACGAGAUCUCCAGCGAGCAGCAAAGCAGAAAAUCAAGUAUCCAGACCCACCAGGACGACAACGUAACCCAAAUCAUCACGCUCGGGCCAGACAUCUCAUACAGCAUACGCCACGUGGAAGAAUCUUGGCAUCACCUAAUUAAAUCAGAUGACACUAAAAAGCUCAAAGAGAUUGCCGUGUGCAACUUUGACUUUCUGCUGGCGGCCGUACAAACGGUUUCCAUUAGCUAUCUCAGAUGUUUAAUAGAACACGUGCGGUGCUACAUUUUGGAUCGCGAUAUCGAACUGGUAUACUAUACGAUACGGAAAUCGAGCGAUGUGCUGACAAGGGAUCCGAUGCAGCUGGGCGCACAGCUGAUAUCCUGGCUCAAAUCAGUGGCAGCCCAUGAGGGGCCCCAGGCCCUGCUCAGCGUGACAGUUCAAUCGGCAACGGCUUGGUGCGACGGUUAUACCGUUCCACUGUUGGUGCCGCUUACAGGAUGGCUUCCUGUUCCGCUUCCCUCCCAAAUUCGAUGUAUGACUGUGCCCGGUCCCGGCCCAGUGCGAUGUAUCGAGGUUUCACCCUCGAAGCAACACCUGAUCCUGGCGCCGAAAGUCGGAGACCCCCAGUUAUGGCACAUUAUGAGCAACAGUUUGGUGCACACGUUUAAGGGUCACAGCGCCCCAGUGACAUUCAUGAUUGUACAAUCACAAUAUCUUAUCUCGUCAUCCGAGGACACAACCGUUAUCGUGUGGGACAUGCAGACACUGACGAUGAAACUGAAAAUAUGCGAACACAUAGCACCGGUAAUCUGUGUCACAUUAGCACUGGAGAACAAAUACAUUAUCAGCGGCGGGGAUGACUGCAGCAUCAUCGUAUCGCUGUUCGGAAGUGGGAAACUGGUCACUAGAAUCAAUCACCAUCGGGGACCGGUCACCGCCCUACACGUGGCCAUGCCAAGUGAGGUUCUCGUCUCGUCUAGCCACGAUUGUACCGUGUGUUUGUGGUCAUUGCAAGAUUUCACCCUUCUGAAUUGUAUCCAGCUGGCGCAUCCCGUGCACAAUAUUCAGAUCUCUUGUGAUUCGAUAUUCCUGGUGGCAUACUGCUCGGACAAUGGAUUAUAUUUGAGAGCACUCGCGACGGGGACGGACCUUCACGCGCUGAAAGGACAUAAAUCGAAGGUUCGAGCUCUCUGUAUUGCCUCGGACAGCCAGCGAGCGAUCGUGGGCUGUGACGAUACGCGUGCCCUAAUCUUCGACAUGCACUCGGGAAGAAUCAUUCGAUCCCUGCCGCCAAACCCAGGUCCGGUGACCGCGGUGUACGUAAUGGAGAAAGAUGACUACCUAAUCACAGCCGGUGGCAACAAAAUCACAUUCUACUCAUUCCGUAACGAAGAUUCCGUUGUCAAUUUUUACCCUAAAAAGAAGAAGACUUUGAAAAAGAUCUCCAAAAGUCGUGCGGCGCUUGCAGCUACAUCGAGUCCGGUGAUUUGUUUCGAUGUAUCACGGGACUCGACUAUGGCAGCCGUUGCGUCCAGUCGAUGUAUUCAGAUAUGGCAACUGAAUACACCCGAGCUAACAUCGAUUCUGGAAGGACAUAGUGGAACAGUAACGUGCGUUAGUUUCGCACCCAACUGUGAGUUUGUAGCAUCUGGAUCGGAAGAUAAGACUGUGAAUGUCUGGAGCCUUGCGCUGGGCAGCGCAACGGUAACCUUCAGGGGUCACAACACGUUCAUAACAUCGAUCAUCUUCAUGAUGGAUUCGCGACGUAUUAUUUCCGCUGAUCGGGAUAGCUGCCUGUACGUGUGGAUGGCAGACUCCGGAACGAUACUGCAAAGCGUUCAGGGACCAUUCAAAUGUCUCGCCGUGACGAACAACAUGAAGUUCGCGGUAUGUAGUAAUGGAGAUACAAGUCUACGUAUUUGGUCUCUCACGAGGGAAGAUGAGAAGUUCAACGUAUCACAUUCAGGUGAAAUAACGUGCUUCGUGAUAACGGCCGAUUCGCUGUAUCUAAUAUCCGGAUCCAAGGAUAUGUCACUUAAGGUAUGGCAAGCUUCAGGGGGUAAACUGGCACAAGUUUUGGUCGGUCAUACAGACGCUGUCACCUGUGUGGCAGUUUCGGUGACUAACAAAAGCCAGGUCAUAUCAGGUUCAAAGGAUUCCAACUUAAUCAUCUGGGAUAUACAUACUGGAGAGGAAAUUCAUACUCUAGCAGGUCAUCUAGCGCCGGUAACGUGUGUGAAAGUGUCAGCAGAUGGCACUACGGCAGUUUCCGUUAGCGAUGAUAAGACACUCAUAGUUUGGGAAACAAAGCGAGGUCUUGCUUUAACAUCACUCCAGUUGCACGUACAAGUUGCUCGUUUCGAUAUAAGCUUAGAGUGUUCGAGAAUAGUUGUUCAAUUAGUGGAUAGCUCUUGUCUCCCGAUUAUCUGUCUGCAUAAUUCCCCCGCGUCGUACAUUAAAUUACCCACCUAUUCGGCACCCGCACGUGAUGUGGAAGAUUUACGUCCGGCUGGAGCCAAACGACCUGCCAGGCGGUUACUUAAAAAGGAAGUUUCGCUCGACACAUAUACCUGGCAGAAGAAAUAUGCACAUCUGACUUCCUCGGUUAUGAUGGCCCAAGUGGAUGAAAGACUGAAGCGACGCUUCUCGGUAUCUGCCAGUAUGGAAGAGAUUUCAAAACUGGCAGAAUCGAAGAACAUGCAAUCACAGCAAAAUCUUGGACCGGAACAGGCUGCCUUGGCUCAAUCGCAGCACUUCGACCAGUUGGAAGCCUUGUGGAAUAAGAGAUCCCCUCCGAGACGACGGUUAAAUCCGUCACUUUCUCGCCAAUCCUCUCUAGUGGAAGAUCGUAUCGAUUCUUCAGACGAGGAUGAGUUCCUCGAGGAACGCGCAGCUAGAUCCCACCGAAAUGGUUUGUAGCUUGUAGAAGUGUUGUGCGCUUGAUAAAAUACGUUUUGGCGGAUUGAAUCAUGCGUUAUUCUUAAAAAUACGUAAAAUAAAUUAAUUCUAAAAGUGUUUUAGGUUCACUGAAAGAGUCACAUUGGUGCAAAUGAAGCAUUCCUAUCUCUUACCAUCCAGCUGCUCACAGUGGCGUCACAUAGCAACAAGCAAUGAAAACAUCCCGAGAAGCUUUCGCGCUGCCACCUGCAGCAAAUGGCUAGCACUUGGUUCCGAGCUUUUCUUCUAUCGAAGACAACAGUCGACACGUAGUCGACCAACUGAUGAUUCGCGCGCACUUUUCAAAUUAUUUUCAAAUUAAAUAAUUCGCGAAACACACACAAAAAAUCUUUUAUCGAUCAAAAUUGAACUCAAAUUAAAAGCUCACAAAAUGGCCGUGAAUUACGUACUAUUGAAACAAAACAUGAAACGUUUUAUGUGAUGACAGUAAUGACUUCGCUUUAUUGUUUUCUCUGUGGAUGAUACUAGGUAUUAACGAUAUGCACAACUGCAGGCGAUAUCUAUCUUGCAAAAUUACAUUAUUGGUUAUAAAUUAUGAUAGUAAACAUUAAGCAACUAAAUCAUAUACCACCCUUAUGAAUGGUCAUACUUUCAUAGAACAUUUUUAUUUGAGGAAAGAUCAGAACGUCUUCAAUGUCAUAAUGUUAAGAGUAUUGCCCUUUUAUGAGUUUCAAAUGAAACAAGGAAGGAUACCGGAGUCAAAGCAAUUAAUUCAGAUUAUCAAACCAUUGGGCAAAAGUAGUACAACAAACGUUGAAAUACAAAAUUGAAAGCAAAUGAAGCAUCGCUUUUAUUUGUGGCAUUAUAACUGAGAAAAAGAAACUAAUAUAAUUAGCAAAAGCGUGUUGUUGAGAGAAGAAUACCAUAAACCCACAGUUGCGAUAGAUUAAUGUGUAGAUAUUCCAUUGGACAAUGACGACUGCUCCCAACAGCCCUGUAAUGUGAUGUUUUAACGUAAAUCUAUUUUCCUCUAGACCUAGCAGAAAAUGUUUUUAACCGAACGAUGGAAAAAUUGGUGAUAUAAGCAGAUAUAAUCAAUUAAAAUAAAGCGCCGUAGUGAACCUUUUGUAGCACCGACAAUCAUUCACGCUGUUGAUCCUUUUCUAUAUCAGAACAAAAACACUACUAACUGUUUGUACAACCCACUCUUGUUAUUCUUAUUGAACUGUGCUAGAAUAGACAUAAUUGUAAUUGUUAUGGGUAGAAAUGAAAAAAAAAAUAGAAUACGUUUUUUAAAAUCGAUCGACUAGAUCGAAAACACAACCUGUUUAUUCACCAAGCGCCUACAGCCGAGUAUUAUUCUACAAAUGGUGUUGACAACACACGAACAAAAAUCUCAUUGAAACUUCCAACAGACGAUAUUUCCUAAGGCCACCUCAACUAAUUAUCCAGGAAGAAUUGACAGUAUUGACUUUCAACCAUUACCGAGUUUGCGAACCGAGUUGGAUGUAAUCAUUCACUUAUAAUAUAUCAUUCAUUUUUAUUGCCAACUUAUCCCAACAAUCUAGUUUUAGCCAAUCAUUAUACUAAGGAUACCUUUCAUUGAUUCAACCCCACCCCCAUAGUUGAUCGUGGAUACAAUUCAAAACCAAAAAUUAUUGACAACUUUAAUGAAAAAAGUGAGUACUUAUUGUGUUUAUUCAUGUGGUAAAAAAAGACAAAGCAACAAAGAUGUAUGUCAUGAAAACAAAUAGAAUCCGUGUAGUAGCAAUGAAAAAUACAAAUCUAGAGUACUUGUAAUACCAAAAAAAUAAACAUUGUAGUAAUGUACGCC